GGCAUUUAAAUUUUAUUUGUAAAACAUGUACGUGAUUUGUGAUCUUCAAGUGUCUGAAUUAUACUUCUAUUUCGACGAAUAAGAAUUGUAAUUAUGAAGUCAUGGGAAUCGAGUGUGUCAUGCUCACUCAAAUGGUCAAUCUGGUGGUGGCGUCGUGGGCCGGGUCGUGAGGUUCCCUCUAUUAUGGUUGAGCUACGCGAUGGCUGUCCCAUGCGUCAACUCGUGAACGGGUGCUGCCAGAGGGAACUGGUCAUCUCGUUUCUCAUAUAUUUUCAUCUACCAUGGCUCCGAUCCCUCAAGAGAACGUGGCUCCUGACCAUACCUAUGUGACCUUGGAGAAACCUGUUUCACCCCUAAAAGGGGACGAAAUAGUAAUCAGUGGGAUGUCAGGCAUAUUCCCCAGUUCGAGCAGUGUGAAUCAGUUUAAAGAGAACCUUUAUAACAAUGUGGAUAUGGUCUGCAAGGCUGAGCCUCGCUGGGUGUUCCACCACCCAGAAGUAUCAGACUAUCUGGGUAAAGUUGAGGGAAUUGAGAAGUUCGACGCUCAGUUCUUCAAGGUACAUUACAAACAAGCCCUGACGAUGGAACCCAUGAGCAGAGUGCUGUUGGAGCAUGCAUAUGCUGCUGUUUAUGAUGCGGGAGUCAACCCGGUGGAACUAAAAGGCAAAAGGGUUGGAGUUUUCAUCGGAUCUGCCUUCUCCGAAUCUGAGAAAAUUAUCAUCUUUGAAAUGAUACAACGCAAUGGUUUCGGAAUAAGUGGAUGUAACCGUGCCAUGUACGCCAACCGCAUCUCCUAUUGGAUGGAUAGUAAGGGACCUUCUUACGCUCUCGACGUUGCCUGUGCCAGCUCCAUGGCCUGCCUGGAACAUGCUUAUGAAACCAUCAGCUCGGGAAUCUGUGAUGCAGCUAUCGUCGGUGGAUGUAACCUAUGUAUGCAUCCUCAUGUCUCCCUGAAUAUCAGACGAGCUGGAUUCAGUUGCCUGGACGGUAAGACCAGGUGUUUUGACAACAACGCUGACGGCGCAGUAAGAGCUGAUGCUAUAAGCGUCCUUUAUAUACAGAAAGCUCAAGACGCUAAGAGAAUCUACUCACAAGUGUAUCAUAUGAAAGGCAAUUAUGCUACAAAUCCAAGGGUAGAUGGGGAAGAAUUUCUCCCCACUCGAGAGCCGAAAGAGAUAGAAGAUUUCUUCAACGCAUUUUAUUCAGAAAUCAACAUGGAUCCAACUAAAGUUGAAUUUGUCGAAGCUUAUGGCUCUGCUCUCAAAGAAGCCGAUGGCAACGAGUUAGAAGCUAUUGGGAAAGUGUUCGCUAAGGACAAACCGAUCAGAAUCGGUAGCGUGAAAUCCAACAUGGGUCACAGCGAGCCUGCCUCUGGAAUCUGUCAAUUGGUUAAGGCAAACCUCGCUUUCCAAAAAGGAGUGAUUCCAGCGAACCUGCAUUACUCCGAGCCUCAGAACCACAUCGCGUCCGUACGAGACGGAAAGAUACAAGUGGUGACAGAGAACACACCAUUAGACAGGAACGGCUUCAUUGCUGUGAACAAUUUCUCAUACAGUGGCGCAAAUAUUCAUGUACUACUGAAAGGACAUUACAAGCCGAAGGAUCCAGAACGCUACAAAAGCAGUAUCCCCCAACUAGUCCUGGCCUCUGGUCGAUUGGAACCCUGCGUGCAGAUCAUUCUGGAUGCCCUGAAGACCCACCCCAUAGAUCCUGAAGAAAUCGGUCUGCUGAGGAGCAUUCACUCCAUGGAGAUACCUGGUCACUUGGCCAGAGGAUAUAUUAUUUUGGAUACCAACGAGAAGAGUGAGACAGUAGUACUAUCGGAGAGCGCUGAGUACUACCCAGACACAGUCAACCCAGUUUGGUUCGUGUAUAGCGGUAUGGGCUCCCAAUGGGCCGGUAUGGGAGCUGAACUUAUGAGAAUUCCUAUAUUUGCUGCUGCUAUUGAAAAAUGCCACAAAGUUCUCGAGCCCAAAGGCUUGGAUAUCGUCAAGAUUCUGACAGACCCGGACAAAACUAUCUAUGAUAAUAUUCUGAACUCCUUCGUUGGUAUCGCAGCAGUUCAAAUCGGUCUCACUGAUAUUCUCACUGCUAUGGGUAUAGUUCCCGACAAUAUUAUAGGCCACAGCGUAGGUGAGCUCGGCUGUGCGUAUGCUGAUGGCUGCUUCACAGCGGAGGAGAUGAUUCUCUCGGCGUAUAGCAGAGGACUGGUGUCAGUCCAGACUCCUUUUAUCAAGGGCUCUAUGGCUGCUGUGGGGCUUAGCUACAAAGCUGUCCUCGCUCUGUGCCCGCCCGAGAUCGAAGUGGCCUGCCACAAUAGUUCAGAUUCUUCAACUAUUUCUGGACCAGCGGACGUCAUGAAGAACUUUGUCGCUGAACUGACAGCUAAGGGCAUUUUCGCUAAAGAAGUUCCUUGCUCCAACAUCGCCUACCAUUCCAGAUACAUUGCUGAAGCUGGGCCUAGCCUCCUAAAAUACCUUGGCGAGGUGAUCAAGGAUCCAAAACCUCGCAGUGAGAAGUGGGUCUCCACAUCAGUGCCGCAAGACAGGUGGUCUGAGCCCCUUGCUAAGUAUUCAUCUGCCGAAUACCACACUAACAACUUGUUGAACUCCGUUUUGUUCGAGGAGACCUCUAAACUGAUUCCCGCAAACGCCACGGUCGUCGAGAUAGCUCCUCACGGGUUGCUACAGGCCAUUCUAAAGAGAUCACUCAAAGAGUGCAACCACAUCCCAUUGACCAGGCGAGGGCACUCUGACCCUGUCAAGUACUUGUUAGAGGCUAUUGGGAAAUUAUACCAAGCUGGCCUAAAUCCAAAAGUGGACGUUUUGUAUCCAAAAAUUGAGUACCCUGUAUCAACGGAGACGCCGCUCAUUUCCCAUUUAGUUGGAUGGCAACAUUCUGAUGAUUGGCCAAUUGCUCGUUACUUCGGUCAAGAUCGUAUUCCAUCAAUCAGCCGUAACUUUGUGAUGUCUGUUUAUGAUAGUGACUACAGUUUUAUGAGGAGUUUCAUCAGAGACGGUCAACCAGUUUUUCCCGAGGCGGCUUCUUUACGUCUCGUUUGGGAAGUAAUGGCAAUGUAUAAAGGAGUGGACUAUAGAGAUAUGUCUGUUAUAUUCAAGAACGUUCAAAUAACUGGCGAAGCUAAUGUCACUUGGGAAAAACCUCUGACACUUUCUAUUGGUAUACUUAAAGGAAAUAAUCGUUUUGAAGUCAGUUUCAAUGGUAAGACCAUUAUAGAGGGCACCGUUUAUGUUCCGACUGCAAAAGAUAUAUCUUUCCACAAUAUUGACGAAUCUAAAACCGUAGAACAAGACAUAGUUUUGGAUUCUGAGGACGUUUACAAGAUUAUGGAUAGACGAGGCUUUACCUUUAAGGACAUGUUCAAGUCAAUAGUAACACUAAAUUCACAAAAAAACAAAGCUACAGUCAAGGCCUCUGAAGGUGAUGAAUGGGUUACAUUCUUAGAUUCUCUAAUACAAUUCCACAUGAUUACGAGAGAUCACGAUGGUGUAUCUAAGCUGAAAUUCAUCAGAAAAUUGACAAUUUGUGUUGAGAAACAUAAAGAUGCCGAAUCAAAAAGUGUAAAUGGCGUAGCUAUUUAUGAAGCCAAUUUGGUUGAAAGCCAUGAUCUCAUCCAGUGUGGAGGAGUAGAACUUGAAGGCGUUAUAUUGACAGAUAUACCUAAGGUUGAAGCAGAGCCUGAUCUGUUGGAAACACGAACAUUUGUACCCAAUUUUGUGGCAGGAGAUGUUGAUGUCUCAACGGCUCUUUUGGUAAAUUUGCAAAUUGUUGGUAACAAUACUAAGGAGAGUUCUGUCAAAGUUGCAGAAUUGAUUAACAAGAGUCCAGUUUUCUCAAACAUCAUCAAUUUUGAAUCAAAAAACAUCGUUGACAAUGAUUUUGCCGUUCAAGUAGUUGAAGUAGCAAAUAGUGAUCUUGAUGAUUUAGCCAAUAAUGAAUUUGUAUUGGAAAGUGAUUUAGUUGUUGUAAACAAUUUACUUACAAACGACAAGAAAUCCAAGAAUCUAUUCAAUGUAUUAAAGAAUGAUGCUUUCGUGUUGUCUUUGGAGCAAGAUUCAAAUGAAAUGCAUUCGAAGAAACCGAACCUAUUCGAAGUAAUCACUACAAUGUAUGUUAAGAAGCAAAUACUAAUUUUACUGAAGAAGACAGAUAAACAACAACAAAAGGUAUAUAUCAAAGUAAAUCAAGAAAGUAAAUUCUCCUGGGUUCCAACGUUGGAAAGUGAACUGCAAAAGACCAAACCUAUUGUGCUGGUUUCAGAAAGACAACCCUUCUGUGGAUUGAUUGGUUUGGUAAAAGCAUACAGGAAGAAAUUCGGCGAUAAAAUCUCUCUGCUCGUCGUUGAUGAUUACAACGCUCCAUCGUUUGACCCAGAAAAUACUUUGUACAAAGAGCAACUUCAGAAAAAUUUGGCAUUCAACAUUUUGAAAAAGGGACAAUGGGGAGGAUAUUACUACCUCCCGACCUCCAAAUCUGCUAAUCUUCAGAACUUGACCUUGGUCAGCAAAGUCGCUGGUGACAUCGAUAGUCUGAUCUGGGUAGAGGCACCAUCACUGCCUUCUAACACUAAUCUUGUGCAGGUAUACUACGCUGACGUGUCAUUUAAAGACGUUAAAACAGCAAUACAUAAGGAAAUAAUACACAAAAAUAAAUUUGGAAUGGGCUUCAGUGGAAUUAAUAGCAAUGGUGAGCGAGUGAUGGGGGUAGUUCAAGGUGGGGCAUUAUCCAGUACCAUCGAAGCCGACCCAGACCUGACCUGGCCUGUCCCCGAUCACUGGAGCCUUGAAGACGCAGCCACAGUACCUGUUCCGUUCCUUAUGGCUUUCUAUUGUCUUGGAACAAGGUUCGGCCUUCGUCGCGGUUCGUCAAUCUUCGUCAAUGGUGGCGCGGGCGCAGUUGGCCAAGCUAUCAUCUCUAUCGCUUUGUCGCUGAAGUGCAAUGUUUUCACCAACGUCAGCAGUGAUGCGAAGAAAAAGCUGUUGCUUAAAUUGUUCCCAGAGCUUAAAGAAAACAAUAUCGGCGACUCGCGUCUCGACGCAUUCGUGAGCAUGGUGGUCAAGGAAACAAAUGGACAUCUUUGCAACUUGGCUAUCAACUGUGCUAGUGGCCCCUUACGAGAAGCUACUAUGAAAGUGCUAGGCAUAAGCAGCUACUUAUUUGACCUGAACGAUUACGACAUGUCGCAGAAUAAGGAUUUGGGUAUGUCCUUCUUGAGAAACGAAAGGAACUAUAGAGCGAUCAACCUGGCUUCAAUCUUCAUGCCACAGUACUUGGGAGAGAAACAGUCACUCCGAUUCCUCAUGAGUGAGGGUAUUGCCACCGGCAGUGUCAGGCCAUUGACCCGAGUGGUGUAUUCACCUAAUGACGUGACCAGGGCUUUCAGGCUUCUGUCCAGAAAUAGCCACAGGGGGAAAGUUUUGAUUAGAAUGAAAGAUCCCUCUGGCAAACAAGGGGUCAAGGUCGUGCCCAGGAUGAGUUACUCAUCUCCUGGAAGCUACGUAGUUGUGGUCGAUGAAAACGGCCUAGGAAUCGACCUGGCCGACCACCUGGUGAAGAGAGGAGCCAGGAACCUCGUCAUACACAUUAUGCCUAAUAACAUCUCCGGAUAUUUCUGCAGUAUGUUGACGGCUUGGAAAAAACUUGGAGUAUCUGUUAAACUUUCAUCUGAAAACCUCGAAACGCCACAUGGAUGUAUUAACUUAUUCAAGGAAGGAUGUCAAUUGGGCGUUGUGUCUGGUAUUUUCUUCGUGCAAGAUACCAAAAUGUCUGAAAAUUCUGAGCUCAAUUUCGCAGACAACUUCAAUAAGAGCACCCUGAUUGUAGCUAACUUAGAUCUGGCUUCCAGGAGCCAUUGUCCGGAACUGAGUAAUUUCGUUGUACUGAGCCAGCUAACAGCAAACGCCGCGUCCGAAUUUGCGGCGGCCGCCACCGACAAAGUUUGUGAAGCGAGACACGAACUCGGUCUGCCUGCCCUAGCGCUCCGCUUUGCUUCCGACCAGCUACAGCAGUUUUCAAGCUGUUUCCAAUCAAAUGUUCGCCCUCUGUCGGUCCACGCAGUUUUCAACGCUAUGGAUACCAGUUUGAGACUCAAACACGCGAACAUGCUCACAUUCGAUGUGCAAAAACAGAAUUCUGAAUACCUGACGCGGAUCGCCAAGAUUAUUGGUGACAAAAUUAUGAACAAUAACAAUGACGACAUCACGAUAGGAGAACUGAAUCUAAACGAAGUAAACAUUGAGGAGAUCAGAUCUGUAUUGGAGAAGUUCUACAAAAUAAACCAUCCGUCCCAAGCUAUCAUGGAAAUGACUUUAGCACAGUUGAAAUCUGUUGAAAAUAAUCUGCAAGUCUCAUCGACCAACUUCGACGGGGGUCUGGGAGCGUUCUUAAAGUUCAUUGACACCGACGAAUGCCUGGCGGCUGAGCCUAUGGUCCCUCUACCUACACAAAGUACUAACGCUACUGAGAAAGAAGAGGAAUUAGACCCUAAAGCUAGUUAUCUGAUGCUGGUGCCUGGCUUCGAAGGGCACCACGAAGUGUUUAGACCCAUCUGCGAGAGACUGAAGAUCCAAGCGAUGAUCCUGCAGCUGGGGCCUGAUCUAACAGACGAGAGCAUUCCGCAAAUGGCUGCUAGUAUUAUGAAGUGCUUGAAGAAAAGGUUUGAGUUCAGUACAAAGUUCUACCUCUUGGGUUACUCUUUUGGAGUAAAUGUCGCUUUGGAAUUAGCUGCCUUGAUUGAGAGUGAAGGUCACGUCGGGAUUGUGUAUUGCUUGGACAGCAGCCCGGAUGCCUUGCGAGUCCAAUUGGAUGCCUAUAUCGGCAAAAUGUCUGAUGCAGAACUGCAAAAUUCCAUAAUCGAACACAUAUACAGGUUAAUGACCGGGCAAGAUAGCAAAGAGUUGUCAAAAAUUUUGCAAAAAACCGACGAUUGGAACCAGAAAAUCGAAUGGGCAGUGAUAAGACUGAAAUAUUUAGCGAAGUACUCGCAUGAGUACAAAAGGACUUUAAUGAAUACACUAUACAGAAGAAUUGUGAUGAGUCGCGAGUAUGAACCAAAGUUUGUUUUAAACUCAGAGUUGGUUCUAUUGAAGGGUCUACCUCAUCCCAAAGCUGUUGAGCUCCCUGAUGAUUAUAAUCUUUCCAAAUAUACUACACAGCCAGUCAGGAUAUUCAACCUUCAACACGAUCAUGCCUUAGCUCCAGAAGACUCCAGAAUCUCUAACAUCAUCAACAAUUUAUUGGACCCCAGCGUUUUGGAAGAAUUCAAGUCUAGGAAUCUUUGUGAUUCGUACUUGGCUGAUGCUUACAAAAUAUUGUAAAUUAUUUGCUAGUCACUAAGUUAGUUUUAAGUUAUGUACGGCCACUUAAUAAAACAGACUAUCAAAAA